AUGUAUCGCAAAAGCCACCAGAUUGCUUUCCACCCCCAAGCGAACAAAGACGAGCAGCUUUACAAGUCGGAAAUCUGUCACAAGAUGUCAUCGUACACUUCCAACGUCUCUAUCAAAAAGAGGGAUACGACAAUCAAAGCCCCAAUCUCCCCCAUCACUCAACAUGGACGUGCCGAGGGUGCAGCCUCGAUCUCGUCCGAAGCCUUUGGAACCUUUGUAGGGCAGGUCUGGUUGGAUCCGAUGCUGAAGAGCGGCGACGAUAUCACCGUGGUGAACGUCAAUUUCCAGCCUGGUGCCAGGACGAACUGGCACCGACACGACAAAGGACAGCUCCUGAAAGUCACGGCCGGAUCUGGCUGGGUUUGUGACCAGGGUCAAAAGCCCAAGCGCAUCUCUGUCGGGGACGUCAUUUGGUGCCAACCUGGAGGCAUCCACUGGCACGGAGCGGACGAUGGCAGCUACAUGGUACACGAGGCUGUCUCUCUGGGCGGGAUUGAUUGGUAUGACCCGGUGACCGAGGAGGAAUAUGCGAAGAAGACGGCAUGA